CAAUUACAACCCUCUCUAUUCCAUCUAAUAAAAAUGUCAUUCUCAAGAGUCUUCCAAUCCCGUAUCGUCGCUCGCCCCAGCCAUCGUCUUUAUUCCACUGUUCCUGAGCCCACAGCUGGUGGCAACAAUGCUGGACUUGUACUUGGUGGUAUUGCAGCAGCAGGUGUCGGUUAUUAUCUUUAUAAGCAGCGCCAAGAAGCUCAAAAGGGCACGAUUGAAAAAAAUGCCGAAAAGCUCGGAGUUCAGGCACAAGAAGCGUUUGACAAAUCCAAGGAGAGAUAUUCUGAUGCCAAAUCCGAGGCCAACCUAAAGUACGAAGAGACCAAGGCACAGGGUGUUGCAAAGGCAGAAAAUGCGGUUGAUUCGGCUAAGCAGAGUGCUGCCAAUGCAGCAGAAUUGGCCAAACAAAAGGCACUCGAUGUACAGGCCGCGGCGGGUGAAAAGGUCAAGGACGCAGGAGAGAGAAUUAAGGAUGCCACAAAAUAAUGAUACAUAGUAAUAUUAUUCUUGUUCUUGUAUAAAAUAAUACUUAUUAUAAUAAUAAUGACAAUAAAGAAAUAUCUGUAAAUAUCAAAUGAUUUAAUUAAUAUCAUUAAUAAUACUCCAUUGGUCAAUUG